AAAAAACAAAGCUCAGUCAGCCGAAUAAAAAGGGCUUACUCUCCCCUUUCUCGUUCUCAGUAUCUUUUUCCGGUCAUCCACUCUUUUCUCUUAUAGCUGUAAAUACAUUUAUAUAUCAAUGGGCUUUCGUAAUUUUUCUUCAAUCUUUCAAAUCCGAUCAAUCUAGGGUUUUUCAAUCCCCCCCAAAGCAAAAAAAUCUCUAAUCGAAAAUUUUGGGGGUUUUUUAUUCCCUCUUUGCUAGGGUUUCUGUACAUUCAAUCGCGACUUUGCUUUGCCCGACAAGAUUUCCCUUACUCCUUUUAGUCUGUUUUAUUGUAUUUGAAAAAUUAGUCAAUCGGAUUUUCUCUGGGUUAUUUUUUGUAAUAUAUUUGGAGCUGGUUUUUGCAUUCAAGUAUUUACAGGUUAGAUUCCAAUUCAUUCUCUAUCUCUUUCUUAGGGUUUUGGAAUUGGGAACUCAAAUCCUUUCUCUGUUUAGCUCCUUUAACGCUUUCUUUCCCUUGAUUUUUUUUUCUUGACCUGUUAAAUUAAAAACUUUGGCGGUUUAUUUUGCAAGGGUGUAGCUACUUCAGCUGAAUUUUGGAAAUUGGGAGAUCAAAGUUUUCAAAUUUAUUCCUGUUGGAGGUUUUCUUGGUUAGGUUAAAAAAAAUUGGAAAUUUAAAAUUUGAGUGACUACCCAAUUUAAAAGUUUCCAUUUUGUUUGAGAAACAAAAGUUUCCAAUUUGGAUCAGUUUCUGCAAGAAAACUUAGAAAAAAAAGAAACCCAGAAUUCAAAAUCUCAACCUUUCUCUUUGACUGUCUUUUUUGGGGGGGUUCUUUUUUAUUUAUCUCUGUUUUUGAUAUUGUGAUAGAGGAAAUAAAAAAAACAAAAAGAAUGGCCUCGUAUAGGCCAUACCCUCCACAAUCCUUUCCUCCACCACCACAAAAUCAAAACCCUCUUCCGCCCCAGCAACAACAACAUUAUAGUCAAAGUUACAAUCAAAUGAAUCCAAAUUCGAAUUAUCAUUACCCUCCUGCAAGACCGUCCCAACAACAACAACAACAGCCACCGCCUCCUCCACCUCCACAACAGCAAUAUUCUUAUCCCCCUCCGCCUCCUCCACCUCCGGAUUCUUCCUAUCCACCGCCCCCACCUCCUCCCUUGCCUACAAUGCCACAAAAUUCGAUCAACUCACGGCCACCAAUGUACUAUCCACCUUCACAGUAUGGUAAUCAAGCAAUGCAGCCAUUGCAGCCACCUCCCCCACCGCCUCCCCCAAGUUCUCCGGGUUCUUCGAUCCCUCCACCACCUCCCCCGAGUUCUCCUCCACCGCCACCUCCUCCAAAGGAGAGUGUUGGGGACAAGGGGUUUAGUGAGCGUAGUAAAGGGGGAAAUAGGGAUUUUUCAGGUUCUGGAAGGCGUGAACACGGGCAUUCCAAUCAUGGGGUUGGAGGUAGAGAGCACAAGCCGAUGAUGCCUCCUAUCAAGAAGCCAAAUGGACCUGCAGGAAGGGUGGAGACGGAAGAGGAGAGAAGGUUGAGGAAGAAGAAGGAAUUUGAGAAGCAAAGGCAAGAGGAGAAGCAUAGGCAGCAUAUGAAGGAGUCCCAGAAGACCCUGAUGGUGUCUUCCGGCAAAGGGCAUGGUUCAAUGGUCGGCUCACGGAUGGGAGAUAGGAGAGCUACACCGUUUUUGAGUGGUGAGAGGAUUGAGAAUAGAUUAAAGAAGCCAACUACAUUCUUGUGCAAGUUGAAAUUCCGAAAUGAACUUCCUGAUCCAAGUGCACAGCCAAAGCUUAUGGCUCUGAAGAAAGAUAAAGAUCGAUUUACAAAAUACACGAUCACUUCUCUGGAGAAAAUGUACAAGCCUAAACUUUUUGUUGAGCUAGAUCUUGGGAUACCGCUGGACCUGCUUGACCUCAGUGUAUACAAUCCUCCUAGUGUUAGACCACCACUUGCCCCAGAAGAUGAGGAACUCUUGCGUGAUGAUGAAGCUGCAACCCCUAUAAAGAAAGAUGGUAUAAGACGAAAAGAAAGACCCACUGACAAGGGUGUUUCUUGGCUGGUUAAAACACAGUACAUAUCUCCACUUAGUAUGGAAUCAACAAAACAGUCUUUGACUGAAAAGCAAGCAAAAGAACUGCGAGAACUUAAGGGAGGCCGCAAUCUUUUGGAGAACCUUAACAAUAGGGAAAGACAAAUUAAAGAAAUCGAGGCAUCAUUUCAGGCAUCCAAGUUACGUCCUGUCCAUGCAACCAAUAAAAACUUAGAGCCCAUUGAAGUUAUGCCCCUCUUACCUGAUUUUGAUCGGUACAACGAUCAGUUUGUUAUGGUGUCAUUUGAUAGUGCUCCUACAGCUGACUCAGAAAUCUUCAGCAAGCUGCAUGAAUCUGUUCGUGAUGAUCAUGAAUCAAGGGCCAUUAUGAAAAGUUAUCAGGCACCAAGCUCAGAUCCGGCUAAUCCUGAGAAAUUUUUGGCUUACAUGGUGCCUUCUCUUGAUGAGCUAUCAAAGGAUAUGUAUGAUGAGCAUGAAGAUAUCUCAUAUUCUUGGGUUCGCGAAUACCAUUGGGAUGUACGUGGUGAUGAUGCAAAUGACCCAACAACAUACCUUGUUUCCUUCGAUGAAGGAGAAGCUCGCUAUGUGCCUCUUCCCACAAAACUUAAUUUAAGAAAAAAGAGGGCCAGAGAGGGAAGAUCUGGUGAUGAGAUUGAACAUUUUCCUAUACCUUCUAGAAUUACUGUAAGGAGGAGAUCAACAGUUGCUGCAAUAGAACUGAAAGAGCCAGAGGUUUAUUCCAACUCGAGGGGCGGUAUUUCAAGCUCAAAGAUGGGAAGGCUAGAUGCCGAAGAUGACCUUGGAAGACCACAGAAGCUUGCACGACACCAAGAUAUUGAUCAAUAUAGCGGAGCUGAAGAUGACUUGUCUGAUUGA